AUGUUGCUUACAGGUACUGGCAAGCCUCGAGUCAUCCUCGGGACCAUGACCUUUGGUCCCGAUACUGACUCUGGUGCUCGUCAAACUGAUCUCGCCGACUACAACAAGGCUCUUGACUACUUGCAAUCUCAAGGCUACAACGAGAUUGAUACUGCUCGCACCUAUGUAGGCGGCAAGCAAGAAGCCUGGACCAAGGAUGCUCGUUGGAAGGAGCGUGGUCUUACUCUAGCUACCAAGUGCUACCCCCACGAGCCCGGUAUGCACAAGGCAGACAGCAUCCUCGCCUCUCUCGAUAAGAGUUUGGCUGAGCUGGGUACUGACUGCGUCGACAUCUUCUACCUCCACGCGCCAGACCGUUCGGUCCCAUUUACAGAGACUCUCGAGGCUGUCAACAGAGCUCACAAGCAGGGCAAGUUUGUCCAGCUUGGUCUCUCCAACUACACGGCUUUCGAAGUGGCUGAGAUUGUGAUGCACUGCAAAUACAACAACUGGGUGCGACCCACCAUCUACCAGGGCAUGUACAAUGCCAUCACUCGCAGUAUCGAGCAGGAGUUGAUUCCUGUUUGUCGUCGCUAUGGCAUCGAUAUUGUCGUCUACAACCCUGUUGCUGGCGGUAUCUUCUCUGGUAAGUACAAGACCAGUGAAGUGCCUACAGAGGGCCGCUACAGUGACUCUGUCGGCAAAAUGGGUGGCAUGUACCGUAAGCGCUACUUCAGAGAUGCUACCUUCGACGCUCUUCGCGUCAUCGAGCCUGCUGUUCAGAAGCACAACCUUACUUUGAUUGAGACAGCGCUCCGUUGGAUGGUUCACCACAGUGGAUUGAACAUCAAGGAUGGCGGCAAUGACGGUGUCAUCAUUGGUAUCAGCAACCAGCAGCAGCUCGAGGGUAAUCUCAAGGAUGUUGAGAAGGGACCACUGCCGGAGGAGGUUGUCAAGGCUCUCGAUGAAGCUUGGGCCAUCACAAAGGUCGACCCGCCAAACUACUGGCAUUUAGAUCUGAAGUACACGUACGAUACGUACGAGGCACUGUUUCAACCCAAGGCUUGA